AUGGCUCGGCAGUGGUUCAAAGGCAAGAAGGUCCACUAUGCGUCUGUCUGGGAAUACCUGCACCAUCGGCACCUUCGGCACCACCCCGAGAAGCUGAUGUACAUCACCGGGCACUCGCUUGGAGGUGGCAUUGCGAACUUGCUAGGCGCUGAGUUCGGCCUCCCAUCCAUCGCCUUCUCACCUCCUGGCGUCCAUUCUACAGCGGAGCUAUUGGAGAUCGAUCCUGUGCGAUUGCAGGCCUUGGCGUUGGAUGUGAUUCCCGAUGGAGACCCUGUGGUCAGGACGGGCAAUCACGGCACAGUGCAGCUGCCCAUCGCCUGUGCUGAUCAUUGGCCGAGGUGCCACCGAAUUUUUAACAGCGUCUGCGAGCUCUUCGAUACCUGUGGAGACCAGGCGCAGCCGACGCCGCGGGUGGCUCCUGACCAGUUUUGGGCGGGCUCGCUCCACAUUGCGGACCUGCGGAAGUCUUUUCAUAAGACCUAUGGAUUCUUUUUUGUCGUGAUCCUCUUCCUUGCUCUUACCCUUUCCUCGGAAGAGAAGUCCGACUAUGCGUCUGCCUUGUUUCUGAUCUUUACCACUUUCUUCGCCGGAAGUUGGGGCCACAUCACUCCGAACUUUGAGGUGGGGCGGGCGGUAUGUUCUCUGACAGCCAUGCUGGGAUACAUGUGCCCGUUGGUAGCGGCCUUCUUCAUGUUCGUUUGCAUGAGUCAAGAUUCUUUGGCCUUCAUGGCGGCGAAGGCUUUCUGGCUAGCGUAUUUUUGCACCGCGCUGCUGGCAAAUUUCACCUUGGCGGCCGGACUGUCGGCGGACUGCCUUGCGGCCGAAGAGUCAUGGAUGUCGGAAAAAUGUGAUUACGGAAGUCAGCUGUACUUUGCUUGGAUGACCUUCCAUCUCCGAGCAUAUGGAGAGGUGGCGCCCACCGGGCCUGGGUCGAAUUUCAUCAGUUUGGUCAUCGUGAUGUUCGGCAGCCUCUGCUGGGUGGUGCCACUCUUCACCGUGGCCAGGAAAACGCUGUUGGAUCCGGGGGCGCGACUGUUCUCUGCUGGCCCUGAAGGGACUUUCCGGCCCUGGUGUUGCAAAGCAUUUAAGGCAGUCGUGCUGCCUUACCUGAUUUGCUUCGGAAUCAUUAUGCUGUUUGCCGUUCUUUGGGCCGCCAUGUGCUCUGGUGGAUGCUACGAUGCAGCAUGCAUCGAUUGCGACUUUGGCAACGUUUUCCACGUGCUGCUGUCCGCAUUUCAUGGUGCAACCUGGGGGCAUUUGUAUCCCCGCUGGCCUUUCGAGCAGUUUCUGGCAUGUGUUGUUGCCAGCAUGGGAUAUUUGUGGCGGCAAGUGGUGUUGUUGCUGCUGUUGCUUCAGAUCGACCAGCAUCAGAUUGCUCGGAAAUAUGCCAAGGCAUUGCUUGUGACAUACUUCUUGUUUGCAGUUCUUGGAAAUUUGAUUGUGAGCGGCUUGAACACUGCAGCGGCUGAAGCUGAGGAAAAUUGGGGAUAUGGAAAUAUCCUCUACUACACCUGGAUGAGCUACCAUGGCCGUGCAUAUGGGGAAUACUAUCCCAUGGGCGCUGCGCAAGAAUUUCUUGCCUGCGUCACGACCGCCACGGGCCAUCUGGCUUGGGUGGUGCCACUGCUGCUGGUCGUGCGCAGUUCGGUGCUCUCCGCUGUCUUAAGCACGGUGCGGCCGGCGGAGGAUGCGCCGGGAGCCACGGCACAAGUGAUAGUUUGCGCCAUUUCGAAAUUCCAUGAGGACAACUUGGCCUUUCGACAUGUCCACAACUCCUUCGAAUGUCAGAUGGGUUCAGAAUCGACCGCCAAGCUUUUUGGUGGCGAAAACCCCACAGAAAUGGACGUGCAGCUAGCCCCUGUGCUCAGUGCUGUCCUGCAAGAUGCGGCUGGAAGCAAUUUCGGGUUGAGCGGCUCAGUGGCUCAGAUGGAGGAGAUUUUGCUGGCAGAAACCGUGGGUUCUGGACACCAAUGGAACCACUCCACAACGGAUUUGGAAACUGCAGUGACUCCGAUCAUCCCGCAGCAAAUGUGGCUGUCUGGCCUUCCCGACUGGGAGCACUUUCCGCAUUCGCGAGACGUUGCGAUCAUCUGCCUUCUCGGUGACAAGGGAGAAGUGAAGCUUGCCAUUCACAUUCAUACUUGCGUUUUGACAGUGGCUGAGGCGGUGCUGCGUUUGCUGGUGCUGCAUAAAGAGCUGGCAGGGCAGGUUGAGGCGCCCCAAGCUGCGCUGGCGGACGCCACAGCAGGGCAGGGGCUUGCUCCGCGGAUGCUGCAGGUGUUGCAGGCGAAUCGCAGCAAGCUGAAAGCCUACACUGAGGAGAAGCAGCUGGGUGUUGACCGUUCCGACUAUUUGAUGCCUCAGAUGCGAGCCAUCGACCGGCUGCAGCAGCAGUUCAGUUCUUUGAUGCCAGGCCACGACGCGCCUGAGGACAGAUGCGAGUGCGGCGCCGAAUUCACGGCUGACGCCAAGUUCUGCCGUCUCUGCGGCCGGCGGCGGCAGACGACCGGCACGCCGCGGGCGUCGUUGACGGCACCUUCUUCGGCCAGGUUUAGCCCUCGAACGGAGGCACCGAGGGAUUUUACCUCCAUGGCGUCGCAGCUGCACCAUCUGCAGGCUCCAUCCUUAUCGAGUUCGCCACCAUCGGCGCGACGCCAGAGUCUGGGCUACGCCGGCUACGCACGAAACGAGGUGACCCGGCCUGACCGACCAGUGGAUCCUGGACUUCCCGAUUCACAACUCCCUGCGCUGCGUGCUGGUUCUCCUCCAGCGAAACCGCGGCGCUCCAUCGAUGGCGCAGGUGUGGCAACGCCCAGGAGUGAGGUGUCCAGCGUAGCCGCGCCUUGGAGUGGUCCUGAGUAUCGCGUUCGACGUGUGAAUGUGCCAGCCAUUCCGCACUGGGAGAGGCAACAUUUGGCGAAGGUUGGAGAUGGCGCCAGCUCUGCCAUGUGGGAUGCCGUGGCGGCCGCCGCCACUGUCAAGACGUCUCCGAGACCCGCGGCGGUGGCAGAUGGCCCAGUUGAGCCGGUCGCGGAAGUGUCGCCGCUGUGGGACGCCGUGGCCGGAGUGGCCCGGAACGCCCAAGCCACGCCUUCUACGGUCGGCGGAGACGGAGUAAGCGACGUCGGGUAA